UCCCCUCGGUCGCUUUGAAUACGAGAAGAGUACUCGCUUCACACGAAGCAAUCGGGGACACCCCUUUACAGUCAAACCAUAUCUUAAUACAGCGAAGAGGCCGAGGACAAUCACCAUGACGACAGAGCUUUCCACAAACAUUAAUAUCAAGGAGCCGCGAUGGGACCAGGAUACCUUCAUGGGACGAGCCAAACACUUCUUCACCGUCACCGACCCCCGGAACAUUCUCUUAUCCAACGAACAGCUGGAGAACGCUCGGAAAAUUAUCCACGACUACAGGCAGGGGGUGGUGUCCCCCGGCCUCACAGAAGAUCAGCUCUGGAGGGCGAAGUACGUCUAUGAUUCGGCCUUUCACCCAGAUACAGGGGAGAAGAUGGUGCUGAUUGGUCGAAUGUCUGCGCAGGUCCCUAUGAACAUGACCAUCACAGGAAGCAUGAUGACGUUCUAUAAAACGACUCCAGCAGUGCUGUUCUGGCAGUGGAUCAACCAGUCUUUUAACGCCAUCGUGAACUACACCAACCGGAGUGGAGACGCACCUCUCACUGUCAGUCAGCUCGGUACUGCCUACGUGUCUGCUACGACGGGUGCCGUCGCAACAGCUUUAGGGCUAAACGCACUAACCAAGCACGUAUCCCCUCUCAUUGGCCGGUUUGUCCCCUUCGCUGCCGUAGCUGCUGCUAACUGUAUCAAUAUCCCGCUGAUGAGGCAAAGAGAGCUGAAGCACGGUAUUCCCAUAAUGGACCAGAACGACAACCGGCUCGGGGAGUCCACCAAGGCUGCCCAGCAGGCCAUCACCCAGGUGGUAGUGUCCCGAAUCCUCAUGGCUUCCCCCGGAAUGGCUAUCCCACCGUUUCUGAUGAACACAUUGGAAAAGAGAGCAUUUUUGAAGAGAUUUCCCUGGAUGAGUGCACCGAUACAGGUGGGAUUGGUAGGAAUCUGUCUGGUGUUCGCCACCCCGCUCUGCUGUGCACUGUUUCCACAGAAGAGCUCGAUUUCGGUGAGCCGCUUGGAGCCAGCACUUCAGGAGAAGAUUCGGGCCAGUCACCCUGGGGUGGAGAGGGUGUAUUUUAAUAAAGGACUGUGAGACCCCCCCCAGCCAUCUCAUACCAGCACAUUACCCAGGAAAACAGCUCCAGAUAGCCCUCUGUUGUGUGUGCCAAAGUUCCUUCUCUUUUAUCACAAAUUCCACAGUUGUAAUUAUUAUUAUUUUUGAAUUGACAGUGUCAAUCUCUGUUUGGGAGGUAUGGGUGGGGGGUUACCUUUUUGCAGUAUGGAUCCAGAUUUUAUCAUGUCUUAUCGUAAUCUGCCUCAUUUUCCACAUUGUUUCAAAUUAAGUAGUCUUCAGAAAAAGGCUGUUUUCUCUCUGUUGUUCCAAUAUUUUAUUUUUUGUUUGACUGUUUUGUAGUAGUCAGACCUCAGUGAGAAAAUGUGGAUUUAUUAAGAUGUAAUAACGGUUUAUUGAUCUUGCUCUGCUCCUCCGUUUCAAAAAGUGCAAUUUUCGGGAAGUAGAAAUCAGGAAUACAGCCCCAUCUGCAGUUGGGUUUUUUUGCGUGUGUGCCAAAAUUGGUGAAGCUCACUACCUUAUAAACCUCUCCUCAGGUCUGCCUGAGCUUUGGAAUAAUCAUAUACUGUAGAUGAUUUCUGAAAUAGAUGGAAUCAGGCAGUCAUAUUUCCCUUCACAAUGUUGUAUUGGUGCUGUGAUAAUAUAUAGGCAUAUAACUUAUGGACCAUAGUUAUACUUCUGUCUGCCUGUCAGCCGAACACGCAUGAGAAAAUCACUUUUCUCAAACCAGACAAAAUCAAUUAGAAAAAGAAAUCCAGUUCUUAAAGUAAGCCUACUUGUGCAAUAAACUAAUUACAGGAAUUUUUGACCAGGUGAAGCCAGUGGUUUUGUGGUCUUAACCCUCAGAGUGCCAGCAGUUCAGCAAAGCCGAGCCUUGUGAUGCGCUAAUGUGGUUUCUGAUACACAAUGGGACAGGAGAUGCAGUCCUCCGGUUGCGCUGGUUUGUGGUCAAACGGAGCGCGCUCAUAGUGCAGCGUAAUGCAGCCUAAAGGUCGUACCUCUGGUGUGUCCAACGCUUUGUGUUUCUGCGGGGCUCUUCGGUGCUCUUGAGACCUGGGCAUGCUGAGGCCCCCUGGGUUUUUUAAUUUACUCAAACUGAAGAACUCCGCUCUUGAGCCAUAACUGAUCAAUUGAGGCUGGGUGCGAUUGUGCAAAUAUCCCAACUGCGUGGUGACUGAUCGGCCUAACGCUGUAACCAUGGCGAUCGCCAUUUUCCCUUUAAUACGGAAGGGGAUGCAAUAGUACAAGACGAAUUCGCGGUAAAAUCCCGUCGAUUUAUUGCCGAUAUAUUUCAAAUGUCAGUCCUCAUUUCAGUAUGAUUUUGUUUCUGUGAAGAUGCAGAAGAGAUUUAUGUUGUUAUAUUCCCAAGGCUUGUGGUAAGAUUAGGAUAUGCAUAGACAGAAACAGACAUUUAUGCUUUGGGAGAUUUGAUUAGUCGUGUUCCAAUACCCUGAAUGAUACGUAAAUAUAGUGUGAAUGUUAUUUUUCUAGAUGAAUUUUAAAACAAAAUAAUUAUUAGUUUUGACAUUUACCAAGUGACUAAGCUUUGUUAAACUGAUGAUGAUCUAAAGUAGGGGUGCACAACUCUCUGAGUGCUGGUUUUUGUUCCAACUGGUUACCUUAGUUUUAGUUUUCUGAUAGCUGUAUUAACUAUGCUGGUUCACUCCUGUACUUGUGCACAGUAAAACUAUAGGAUACGCUUGCAAUUUUGCGUCUGUAGCUGGUGCUGAUACAAAUGUCAGGUAAAGAUAUAAUUGAGCUAAUUAAAUAAUUGACAGCAGAUGUUGACACAUAAUCCUGAUGUGGAUUGUGGGCCUUGUGCACCCCUGACCUCAAGCCAUCUCUGAUUACGGUAAUCAGUUUCUGGCCACAGUGAAAAAGGGGAAUUUCAACCUAAUUCCAUAUUAUAGCAUUUUGUAACACAUUUCUGCUGGAAGGGCAAAAAGUUAACAUUUUUAAAGUGUUUGCGUUGAAAUCGUAUGUUCUGUGGCCUGCAUUGUGUACGCCCCCUUGAUAUCUGACAACUACAUUGCCCACAAUUCCUUGUGCUCUUUUUAGUUUUGUUGGCAUUGAUAGAACUUCAGUGGGUGAUGCUGACAGGGUAUCAGGGGGUAAAGUCGGCGGAGAAAAUGUGCACGUACCAGCUUACAUCAGCUGCUGGACGAAAGAUACAGAAGGAUUAAGCUCCCACGUGACUUAUUGUUAAAGGCUCAAUUUUGAGCAAGUAUUACACCGGGUCUUAUUCAAAAAUGAAUCCAUUCCAAAACAGAAAUGGUAAUAAACUAAACAUAUGGUUGCAGAAUAUUGCAGGCCUGGCUACUGAGAGGGCCAAUAUAUGCAGCCUUUAUACAGUGGUCAACUGCAGACUUUAAUUUGUCUAUUUCUAAACCAGUUAAGUAUAGAAAUGUUUGCUUUAGGGUUAUGUAAAGUGUAACACUUUACAGCAAGAUGACAUGUAAAUAGCAUGUGUUAUUUAAAUUGACGAUCUGAAAUAUGGCGUAACUCAUGGGGUUGCUUGACUUAUGAAGUGUGGCCCAGUUUUUCAGCUUGUGGUUGUACUUUUUACAGUAACAGUACUGUUGAAAAGAACUUUGCACAAUAAGAUUUUACCUCUGUAUUUAUAUACAAGCACAAUAUUUUUUCUUUUUUUUCCAGAGGAAAAAUAGAUGCUGUAGAUGACUCUUGAGUUGCGUUUUGGGAGUAAACCCCUGCCCCAGCAUAGAGAAAACCUAAAGUUUGUGUUUCAUAUUAUAGUAUAUUAAACAUAAUAUAUAGUACAUUAGAUUUAGGUAGGAAGAGUAUGAUAUAAAUAGAUGUGGUGAGACAUUGUUAACUUGGCAGCACGCUCAUGUGUUGAGAAGACAGAUGUGAUUUUAAGCUAUUUACAGUAGAUGGGGUUAUUAUACUUUUACCUCCACAUACGUACAUGUAGAUAUGUUCUCAUUGUUACACGACUGAUGGCAUUGAGGGUACAGCUUCAGAGCAUCUCAGUUUAACAGUUUAACAGUGUAUCAGCAGCACAGAACAAAGAGAAAACUCAGAUAUUCAGUAAAAACCUGUGGCUGUUGUUUCUGUGGUCACGUGCACUGCCCUUUCCUGGCCCUAAGGCUUCUGGGUAAUAAUCAGGGUCUGUAUAAAUGCAUAUGGAUUCCAGGUUUAUACUGUGAAAGUUUUAAAGGCUUAGCAGAAAGGUUUAAGGCUCAGCAGAAAGGUUUAUAUUAAUUGAGGUGAAAUGGUGAUUCACACAAAAUUGUGCAAUAAAAAUGAUGUUCUGAGUGGUAUGAUUUUAGUGUUUUUAGUUGUUUUUUUAAUUGGGUCGUGUUCUGUAGAUUGACUGGAUGAAAUAAAAGUAUGUUCUGUAUUAAGGAGCAA